UGACGUUUGAAAGAGGGAACUUUCCCACACGUUCGUCUUUGUGUUAUUAUUAUCGCCUCUGUUGAUUCUGCUUACUUUAUCGUUUAAAUACAGUGAUUUUUAGAAAGUAGCAACAUGACUAAACUGGACCGUUUGAACACUUUCAUGACUGAGCGCUUGAUGGCAGCCGUGAAGGAGAUCAUUUUCACAGUCGGCAAGACAGUUCAGGAGUACGAGGAGGAAACAGCACGAAUCAGAACUGAAAAUGAACGGUUGAAAGGCAUGUUACGGGACUCGGGAUGCUUCCUUGACCAAACAAAUCCUGCCCAUGUGCAGUCUUAUCAGCCUGUCUCCCCUGGGCAGCCCAGAUGGAUACCCAGCCAGAACGAGGAACCAGAAUCCCUUGAAGAGAUCCAGCAGGACCAGAGCCAAAGUGAAACACAUCCGCAUAUAAAACCAGAACUUGAGUACUCUGCCAACGAUUACCAAGAAUCUGCAGCUUUGCCAUCAAUAGCUGACAACAACAACGAGGGCUCACAGUGUGCCGAUCACACUGAUACUAAUCCUUUUGAUAAUGAGGUUAUAAACUGUAAUUUUCCAACCAAAAUCAAAGCUGAAUUCAUAAACUCUGACUUGAGUUCAAUCAAUCCUUCAGAAAGCACUGAAGAUCCAUAUCAGAGUUGGUCACCACAUAGUCCAGACCUGCCUUUAGUGGACCUCUACAGAGCACAACACUCGAAUCAGCCAACAUACAUUACCAAUGAAGCUCUGCCCACAGUAUCCCAGCAAAGUGGUUUGUCUCAAGAUUCUCAUCACUUUUCAUAUCACAACAUAUUAUGUACCAACAGUUCCUACUGUAACAGUAAAUGCUGUGAAAUGCAGAAAAGGACAAUAGCCAAGUCAAGCCCUGUAUGGAGGUAUUUCUCUCUUAAAGAGGGAGACUGUAGCAAAGCAGUGUGCCUUAUGUGUAAAGCCAUCAUAUCCCGUGGUCGGAAAGAAUACACAACAUCUGCUCUUUUAAAGCACCUUCGCAUAAAACACGAAACAACCCCAAAUGGAAUGGGCUGAGAUAAGCAGUUGGAGACCUUGCAGCUCCUGUGGACAGGUCACCCUUUGCCUAUCAAUUACAGUUACAAACAUGGCCUAAAUUACAUCUUCUACUUUGCACACCUUUGUAAGAUUUCUUUAUACGUGAGCCCACUAGUAAGACUUGAUGUAUGGUUUUUGUAUUCCCUCAAAAUCAGACAUGUGUCUUACAAGUUAAGACAUGAUUAAUAUUAAAGGAAUAUUCCAUGUUCAAUACAAGUUAAGCACAAUCAACAGCAUUUGUGGCAAAAUGUUGAUUAUAAAUUGCUUGUAUGUGGAAGCAUACUUGUAUAAAAUAAAGCUCUUUCUG